AUGGCCAACGAAGCAAGACUUUAAUCUUUACAAAAUUGGAAAGCUUCCCUGGAGUUAAAGAAAAUACUCGAUAGUCAAGGGUAAUUCAUCAUAUUUAAUGAUCUUUUUAGAAUUGAUCACCAAAAUUAAGAUUACUUGGCUUAAUUGACUUAUAAGAUUGCAGAAAGAGCUUUUGGAAGUCAAAGCAAAAAUAAUCUUGAAAGCAAAGUGUGCUAGAUGGUGGAAUAAUAAACUUGUGCAAUUUGCUUUGAACUCAUGGUACCUCCUUAGUAUUCUCCCAUCUUAUUAUUUCCAUGUGGACAUUCAUUUUGUAAAUCUUGCGUUUUAGACGGGACAAAGCUAAGAAUCUAGAAAUGCAGUCUCUGCAGGUCAAAAAUAAGUGCACAUGCAAUUAAUUUGGGUUUAUAAAAUUUAAUCUGCACUUUUGCUGAACAAAAAUAGCAGAUUCCAAAAUAAACAGAAUAAAUGGCAGUUCAAGAACACGCAACGAUGCCCAAAGAUAAUGCUUUCACCAAUCAAUACAGAAUGUUUAAACUGAGAUGCGAUAUUCUUGAAUAGGAGAAAUAGCAGCUGCAAAUCUAAACUAAAGAAUUGAAAAAUGAAUUAGUGGAAUUGGAAAGGAAGGUUGGAUCUUUGCAAUCAGAGAGGGAGAUGAUUAUCUCAAAAUAAGCCAUGCUCUAAAAUAAUGUAAUUUCAAUAUUCAUGUCAUUGUAGUUAGAUGAAGUUAAUUAAGGACUUUAGACUAUUGUGGAUAGAAGUAAGGCCAUAACUGUAAAAAUAUAUAACAUAUAAGAAUAAAUGAAAAUUCUAGAUGAAACUAUGAAACCUCUUCAAUAGGAAAUGAAUAAAUAUGAAGUUUUGGCCAAAUCUGCUUGA